AUGCACGGAAGACAAACAGUUUCAUCUAUAUAUACAGAUGAUGAAAAUGAUCCGAUGAUUCUUAGCCCACCAAUAUCAAUGAAAAAUCGUCUUCGAAAUUUUUUUGGUAUACCGAAACCAAUAGAUAAUGAUGAUUGUUUGUGGUCGGCAAAUACACUUCUAUGUGCCAUUGUCUUUCUCGAAGAUGCUAUUAACUAUCAAUCAAUAGUACAUAAAGUCACAAAGAAUUAUUUAUUAGUUUAUCGAUGGUUUUCAAGUUCAUUAGUUAAAAAAUUGCAUCGUAUUGCUCUAACAAUUAAUCUUUGUUUGGCUUUGUUUGAACGACCAUCAUCAUUUAGUAUAACAUCAGAUGUGCGUGAUAAACCUAAUCGGAUUGUUUUUCCAUACUCAUUAUUAAUGACCAUUGAGGGUUUAACGCUCAUUUGGUUUCUUGUUUAUAUUUGUACGAAAAUUGCUUGUCUUGGUAUAAAAUCUGCUCGAAAACGUUUUUGGCUUAUUGCUUUUUUUAUUGUAACGAUUUAUUCUUUAUGUGAAUGGUUUGUUAUGAUUGCAAUAAUUAGUCAUGCAUAUAAUGGUGUUCGUCUUCGACGUAUUUUUCGUCCUUUAUUUAUGAUUGAAUCAUCUCAAUUGAUGAAAAAAGCUUUAAAAGCUGUACAAAAAGAUUUAUUAACUAUUAUUGCUUGUGUUUCAAUGGCACUUGCACAUAUUCUUUUUUUUGCUAUUAUUGCUAUGUUUCUCUUUCCUCGAUCAAAGGAGGUAAACAAUAGUCAAGGCAGUACUUACUUUUCUAGUUUACAUGAUUCAGUCUUUCAAUUACUUGUGCUUUAUUCAACAGCUAAUAAUCCAGAUGUAAUGAUGCCAGCUUAUUCAGAUAAUCGAUUGAAUGUUUUAUUCUUUCUCGUUUUUGUUAUUAUUGGCAUUUAUUGGAUACAAAAUAUAAUAACUGCUGUAGUUUAUCGAGCUUUUCGAGGAUAUUUUUUAAAUUCUAUUAUUAAUUCACAAUUACGACGACGUGUAGCUAUAAGGGCUUCAUUUGAAGUUUUAAAAAAACGAAUAUUAAAUGGAGAAUCGAAUGAGAAUACAAAUAUGGUACCAAUAUCUGUUGUUCAAACAAUUGUGAAUUCAGCAUCAAUGAGUAAAUGGCAUUCUGAUCGCAUCAAUCAACGUUUAUUUGAACUGAACUAUGAAACAGAUACAAUCGAUCUUGAUCAAUAUUCCAAAAUAAUGGAAUUAUUAGAUGUAAAUCCUAAAUUAGUUGUUGAAAUUGAAUUUAAAACAUUAAGAGAAAACUUAAUCGAUCGUUUUAAAGCUGUUGGUCGUUCGAAGAUUUUCGAUAGUAUUGGUACUCUAUUUGCUCUAUUAAGUGUAUUACUUGUUACAAUUGAAAUUAGUCAUCGUCAUUUACAUUCAGAAUACAAAGGAUUAGUCGCUCAUACAUUACUGAUAUCAUUUGCUAAUAUGAGUCUUAUAAUUUAUUUCGUCUUUGAAAUAAUAAUGAAAGCAUGGUCAUUUGGUCCAGAUAAAUUUUUUCGUUCAUCAUCCGCAAAUAUAUUAGAAGCAGCUGUAGCUUUUACAUGUCUUAUUUUACAAAUAAUAUAUACGGCAAUUCAUGGAUCACCAGUUAUUUCUAAUAGUGAUUCGAAUAUGAUAACACUAUGGGAAGCAAUAAAAAUAUGUAAUAUGUUAUUUAUUUAUCGAUUAGUUCGAUUUUUACCAGCAUCAAAAAAUAUACAAAUUGUUGUUGGUACUGUUAUUGAUGAAAUUCGAAAUGGUGGUGCUUUUUUUGGAGUUUUAUUUAGUUUUUAUUAUGCAUAUUCAAUACUUGGUAUGGAAUUAUUUCGAGGUGCUAUUGAUAAUCUUUAUAUGCGUCAAAAUCAGACAAAUGCAUUAAUUUGUGGAACUUAUGAACAACUUGAAUAUUGGCCAAAUGGUUUUGAUGAUUUUUUUUCAUCGAUUGUUACACUUUAUAAUAUAAUGAUUGUAAAUCAAUGGUUUGUUUUUGUAAAUGGUUUUCGAAGUGCAACAAAUACAAAAUGGAGUGAAUUAUAUUUUAUUUUUUGGUAUUUAUUUGUUACAACAAUUGGAUUAAAUAUAUGUCUUGCAUUAAGUGGUGAUAUUCAUGAUGCUAAAAAGAAACGAGCUAAUGAACAUGAAGAAUUAAUUGUAUCAAAUAUGUUUGAUAUUUAUCGAUCUCAAUUGAAUGAACCACCGGCUGAAGUGAUAAUACAACGAUUGAAUGCACAUCCCUAUAUUAAUUUUCAUGAAAAUUUAUGUGAACAAAUCAAUAUUACGUGA